AUGGAGUGUUUGAGGGGGGUCCUCAAGCGGGCUCCCAGAUUCCCAAGGCGAAGCCCACGAAGCAAGACCAAACCUUUCCGUGAUCCUCGGCUCGGUGGGCUUGUGCGUAGUUUGYGCGGGUUUUUGUUUGGCCUAUUCCUUGCCUCUGUGUACGGAAUGACUGCACUGUUCAUACAGAACCAAGGACUGUGGUAUUGCGUGUAUACCACGAUCGCCAUAGCUUUCCUCUCAGCAUUUGGUAUGGGCCUCUCCAUCCGUGUGCGAGCGAAUGUUAUGCUAAUGAUGCCAAUGCUGUGUUCAAUGAAGGGCAAGAACUUCCUCCUGUUCCUCAUCUUCUCCAUGUUGGUCCAGGGCCCCAUGACCAACACCCUGGAAAACUUUGACCGUGCAGCGGACAGCGUGGUGUGUGGGGCCGAACUUGCCAUGAACCAGACCCAGCAGCUGAUGGAGCGAGCGGCUACACCUCUUCUCUCUGUGCUGGGCAAGAUAAAAGUGAUCACCAAAAAUGUCCACUCCGUGGCUGGGAGGGUACAGAACUUAAUCAAGGCCCUGACUGAGUCUGUCCGCCAUGUAGCUCGUUCCCUGAGAAACGUGUUACACUUCCUGGUUGGCAUUGACGAGGUGUGUAAUGACAAACUGGGCACCCCCUAUAAGAAGUGUAACAAGCUGUUUGAUGAUGCCCGUGAUGACUGCAUGGAGCUCCUGUCUGUGUUCAACUUCCUUUGUCACAUUGUGGAUGGGUUUCGCCCCCUCUGUGGUCUCGCUCGAGUUGGUCAGCUGUUUUGCAUCAUCCCUUCUUACAUUGUUGGCCACAUGAAGACAAAGAUUGCUGCCCCAACCAUAGCAGCUUUCGAGAAGAUGAAGAAGGAGUUUGAGUUCAACAUAUCGGCCUCUAUGCACUUUGACAUGAAUGUGAACAGCAGUCAGUCGCUGCAGCAGGUGUCACAGGAUAUGAUGGAGGAAGUGUCGGUGGAGCUGGGACGUUUCCAGGAAGUGAUGGGGCUAGUAGCCUACAUAGGCCUCUUCCUUCUGCUGCUAAUGUACCUACGGGCUGUCCUGUACAAACACAAGUACCUGCACCAGGAUGACUUUGACAACACUUACAUCACAGAGCAGUUUGAGGAGCUCAAGGAGAGAUUGGCUAGAGAGGGAAAACCUCCUGGAGGAAGCAGUGUGGGUGUUGAGAGAAAAGUCUCAGUGUACCUGACGGCCAGGGAGCGGCAGACGGCUGCCCUCAGCGCAGUGUCCAUUCUCAGGCACAUAGCCAUGGGAUGCCUGGUGGUGGCGCUGGACCUGGUGGUCUUCUGGAUGUUUGACCUGGUGCACCACCAAGCCCAGGGGGACAUCGUAGCCAGAGCACCCAUCGUAGUGGCGGUGGAAGUAAAUGGCACAGGCUAUGCCUCGGACAUCUUCAAGGACAUAGUGGCUGCCUUCGCCAUUCUACAGAAGGGCAACAUCACUGUUCUCAGCAAGAAGUGUCUGAUGGAGCCUUCAGAGCCAGACCACUCAGGAUAUAUGCUCAUAGGAUUCCUCUAUGGACUCUCCUUGUUCAUUGUGUUCGCUGGAAGCUACGUCAAGCGGUUAAGGAGGCUUGUGUGUGCCAGGUACCACCCGAAACGAGAACGGGAGCGGGUGCAGCUCCUCCACAGGAGGAUCCAGAGCCAGCGUACGUCUCUAGGUAAAGCCCUGCUGAGGUCUGUAGCCAGGAGCAGGGCAGACAGAGAGGGGACCAGAUUCCUCCAGAKACUCACAACCUGCCUCCCAGGUGGGUCCUACCUGGCUGAAAUUCUGGGGGUGUCCUCUGUCUCUUGCAUGGCCUGUGGAAGGGGAGGAGAGGGACAGYYRGACCCCAGCAUGGUCACAUGCAUCACCCCUCAGUGUAAAGGUACAGCAGCCGAACUCAGGCCUUUAAGGUUGUCUUUGUUUGGGGAUUUUUGUUUUUGUUUAUAG